AAAAUGGCCGCCUCCACGACCUGCUGCGCUCGGCAAAUUUCCGAAAUGUAAACAACGGUGCGGUACGAAAGUAUGGCGCAUUUGUGGCGAAAACCUCUAAAAGUCUAACCGACUUCCGCUGGCAACAUGGGAGUGAAGGGGUUGUGGCGGUUGCUAGAGUCAACUGGACAACCAGUCACGCUGGAAUCCUUGGAAGGAAAGAUUCUUGCUGUUGAUAUCAGCUUAUGGUUGAAUCAAGCUGUGAAGGGAAUGAGAGGGAGAGAUGGUAAUCCUAUUGCAAAUGCACAUUUGGUUGUUUUAUUUAACCGAAUCUGUAAAUUACUGUUUUAUCGUAUCAAACCAGUGUUUGUGUUUGAUGGUGGAGUACCAUUGCUCAAGAAACAAACCUUGGCUCUACGAAGUCAGAGACAAGAUAAAGCUGUGAAAGAAUCAAACAAAGCCAGACAAAAGUUGCUUCAAAAUUUCCUAAAGAAGACUGCAAUUACCACUGUUUUAGGAACUAAUGUAGUGGCAUCCACAAGUCAUGUGAUCAUAUCAUCGCCAUCUAAACAAACUGAUAUGUAUGAACUACCAGCCAUGAAACCAUCACAAGACAACCUUGAGAGUGACAGCAGUCAAGACAGCUGGUCUCAAGACAUACAGCAAGAACUUAUUCAAGAACAAUUUCAGGAUAUCAAUGAUAUUGAUAUUCAUUCGGAAAGUUUUCGAGCAUUACCACUGGAAAUUCAACAUGAGUUAUUAGUAGAAAUGAAAGACCAUAGGAAGAUGAGAUCUGUGACUUUAGUGAAUGAGUUGCCAAAGAAAGCCAAUGAUUUUUCAAGCUUUCAACUCGCUGGGCUGUUAAAAAAGAGCAAUUUAAGUCAGCGACUUAACAGCAUUCGAAAAGAAAUGAAUUCAAAAGAAUCUGGUGAGACAGUUUCAAUGCUGAAACAUGAUGUCCCUAAUGAGACACGUGUGGAAUCACGACGAGUCGUCUCAGCAAAUGAUCAACAUUAUAUUCUCAUUAAAGGGUUGAGUAACAAGAAAGAUGUGGAGGACUCAAAUGUGGAUCAGGAUACUAACGGUAAACCUGUGAUCGCUGAAAUGCCGAUACAGAAGGAGUCACAGGAUGAAUUAGUUGUAAUUGAUUGUGAGCUGGCACAAGUAAAGUCAGUACAGGUAAUUAAAGAAAUUGAUCCAAAGCAUGUCUAUGACAAGGAUGUGAUUUUUGACGGCAAUAGAAAAUCACCUGAUAGUGACAAGGUUGAACUCACUGACAAAAAUGAGAAAACUACAACUGGAAACCAAUUGAACUUGAAUACUGAUCACGAAUGUGAGGUUGUUGACCUUACAAAGGCCGCAACAUAUGAUACACACAAAAACAUUUACAAUAAAAACUUAAGGGACAUUGAUAAAACAAACCAAUCAGCUGAUACUGCAGUGCACCCUGUGAAAAUUCAGGAAGAAGUCCAUGCAAAAAGAGACAGUUCAGCCAUGUUCAAGAACAUUGCUCAAGUGUCAGAGAAGGUAGAUGUGGAAAAUAUCAACGGGAAGCUGAUUGCACAACCAAAUUCUGAAGAGUUGACCCUGACUUCAAAGCUUGAGGACCAGAUGUAUGAAGUUGUCAAUAUGAAACCUGAAGUUGAAGUUGUUAGUAUGAAACCUGAAGUUGAAGUUGUUAGUAUGAAACCUGAAGUUGAAGUUGCCAUAAUAAAUCCUUACAAUGAAAGCAGCUCUGAAGAUGACUUGAUAGAAGUUGUUGUCAACCCCUCAGAAGUUAGUUGCCAUGACGACUUGUUUCCGGCUGAAAUAUUUGUUAAAGAAAUAAAGGUGUGUGCCUCACCACAGCGUGAGGUAGCAGAAGUUGAUAUUUCACAGCAGUUUGGUAGAAUACAUGAAGUAGAUGUGGCUAGAAAAGAGGACCAGAAAGAGGACGAAAAGGAGAUUCUCGUCACAAUUAGUGAAGAAAGUGAUGCAAGUGCUCCCUCUCCAGUUGAUAAAUGGGCUGGUAAAACAUUAGAAGAAGUUGAAGCUAUGGAGGUAGAACUUGACAAUGAAGGGGUAGCUUUGAUGGCAGAGAAAAAUAAACAGGAAAGAUUUGGUGCAUCCAUUACUGAUCAGAUGUAUGUGGAAGCGAAGGAACUGUUGACGUUAUUUGGAUUACCCUAUAUAACAAGUGUGCAAGAAGCUGAAGCCCAGUGUGCGUAUCUCAACCUGACUGAUCAGACUUACGGUACAAUUACUGACGACAGUGAUAUCUGGUUGUUUGGCGGUAAAAGGGUCUAUAAAAAUAUGUUCAAUCAAAAAAAGUUUGUUGAAUGUUAUAUCGCUGAGAAUAUUGAAAGACAACUGUUGUUAAAUCGGGACAAAAUGAUCCAGAUUGCAUACUUGGUUGGUAGUGAUUACACAACUGGCAUAACUGGUAUUGGUGGUGUCACUGCCAUGGAAUUAUUACAUGAAUUCGAAGGUGGUGAUAAAUUGGAACCAUUAAACAAAUUCAGAGAGUGGUGGGAGGAAGCUCAGAAACAAGUCAAGCUUCCAUCCAGUGAAACUAAAGUGAAAUCCAAACUAAGAACUGUACAAGUACAUAGUGGAUUUCCUAAUAUCAAUGUGAGAGAAGCAUAUAUGAAUCCAGCCAUAGAUGAAUCAACAGAGGCUUUUACAUGGGGUCUGCCAGACCUAACAUCUCUAAGGGAAUUUGCAAAUGAGAAGCUUGGGUGGACUAAACUAAAGACCGAUGAAGUGUUAUUACCUGUGAUGAAAAAGUUGCAUGAAAAAACAACACAAACCAAAAUGAAUCACUAUUUUCCUGUGGAGUUGAAUGAACCAAGGAAAGUCAAGAGCAAGCGAAUAAAUCAAGUAUUAAACAGACAUCUGAGAGGUAACACAAACGUCCUUAAAAGAGCACUACCAAAAACAUCAGUUGACCGUAUGGAUAAAGUCAAAUGUAAGAAAGCCAAGAAAAAAACCGACAUGAACAGUGAAUCUAAUAGCUCAGAAUAUGAAAGUGAUACGUCCACUAAGGCAUCACAAAGAACUCCUAGUACACGUGUCGCAGCUAAGACCAGAACUAAAAACAAAGGGAAAGCAGUCGCUAGAAGAACUUCACGAAAGACACGACAGGCGACUAGUAAAGCCAGACAACAAGUGACACUUGAAGUCAACUUGUCUGAAAGUAGCAGUGAUUGAUGGUUUACAUUAAAUUCAUUGCAAAUAUUUUCACAUUAAUAAAUAUCCAUACUUUUAUAGACUUA